AUGGAUUCUAAACAACCGAAAAAAGUUCACCCGCACGCGGAAAAGUCAGCCGGGUCAAGCGCUAAACGAGUCGAGGUUAAGAAAACUGAGACUAGUCAACCUAAAGCAGCUCAGCCCCAAUCUAAGUUUCAGGCGGGCGCGGUUCACAAAAGCGCUGCUUCCCACUCGGCGUCUCAGCAAUCUCAAGCGACUAAAACUACUCCCGCAGUUGAUGCUAAACAUAAGCCCGCUCAGACUAGCGUCAAACCAGCGCCAAGUCAUCCAAAACAAACAACUCAGCCCGCUCAUAAAGCCUCUGCUCAGAAUCAGUCAAGCACUCCUAAAGCUAGUUCUGCCCCGGCGCCUAAACCAGCUGGCGGAGCAUCGCGUCCUAAAAUCCAACCCACUAGUCGUUUAGAACCGGCCAUUUUCGCGGUCAAAGUUAACCGUCAAGCCAUUUUUGACGUUGUUCUCUCCGAAAGGGCUAGUCAGCGCCAAGGCACUCACAAAGUUAAAAACCGCGCCGAAGUACGUGGUGGCGGCGCUAAGCCGUGGCGUCAAAAAGGAACUGGUCGCGCUCGAGCCGGCUCAAACCGUUCGCCGAUUUGA